AUGGAUGGCGUCAACGUACUUGCAUCAGGUUUUGAGAAGGAUGAAAAGGCUGAUAUUGCAAAGAUGAUCGCUGCAAUGGGAGGGGUGCUGCAUACAAAAGCUUCACCGGAUGUCACUUUUGUUAUUGCAAAGGAUGUUCUGGCUCAAAAAUACAAGUGGGCUCUAAACCAUCGCAAAAUACCAAUUGUCACCAAAAAUUGGCUUCAUCAGUGUUGGAAAGAGCAUCGUGUAGUUCCCCAGGAGCCCUAUAAGGUUCUUCCUUUUUCUGGAUUAACAGUAUGCGUCAGUGGAAUCCCAGCAGAUGAGCGUAAGGAAAUGGAGAAGCUUGUGAUGCAAAAUGGUGGCAAGUAUUCUGCUGAACUAACCAAGAGAUGCUCACAUUUAGUUUGCGAUAUAUCCUUUAUGUUUUCUUUUUUGGCUCCUGAAGGUGAUAAAUUUAAGGUUGCUAAAAGAUGGGGUCACAUAUACAUAGUUAAUCGGAAAUGGUUUCAUCAAUCUGUUGCCAGGAGAGCAUGCCUAUGUGAAGAAUCCUACCCUGUUCAAGGUAUUGUUGCAUCUUCUGUGAGUGGUUUUAAGAUAUCGGAGCAAAAUAGUCAAGGCAAAGUUACCAGAAAUCCACAAUAUUGCUCAUCAUCAAUUGCCUCUGCCUUGGAUUCGGAAACCACUUGUCCUGCUCAGGAUAUGGAACCUAAUCUUGAAGUUCCCUUGUCAAAUAUGUGUUCGGCAUUUUUUGAGGUUCCUCCAUUACCUAAAGUUGGGGAUGAUCCACCUGCUGAUGAGCACAAACACGAUCCUGAUGUUUCCCGUUGCAUUGCUGAUGACUCUGAAUGUGAGGAUGAUGACUUAUACUUGUCUGAGUGCAGAAUCCUACUUGUAGGUUUUGAAACUUCUGAAUUACGGAAGCUAGUUGACAUGGUUCGCCAAGGCGGUGGUUCCCGUUAUAUGUCGUUCAACGAGAAAUUGACGCAUAUUAUAGUUGGAAAUCCAUCGGAGAUUGAAAUCAAGGAAGUAAGAAGCCUUGCAUCUCUAGGAAUAAUUUAUAUUGUUAAAACAACAUGGCUAGAAGAAUGUACUUCGAAAAAGAAAGAGGUUCCUGUACAUCACAGCCACAUUGCUUAUGAUUUGCUUCUUCCAAAAGAUUCUGUAACUUCGAAUAAAGCAACUGCAACAAGCAUGAUAGGUUCGAGGCAUGGGGGAAAGGCCUCCAUUUCUCAGACUGUGGAAAACGCCGUGAUGACCGAGAAUUCUGAAUGUGAAGUGUCAUCUGGUUUGAAGGAUGUUAAGACGAAGGUGCAAAUCGGAUUGAGCAAUGGAAAUAAGCAUAUAAAAUCCUCAACCAUAUUUAAAGGGAAGCUCUUCUGUUUUUCAGUCUCUUUUCCCCUAGAACAAAGACCAGAGAUAGUGCUUUGGAUUAAUGAAGGUGGUGGAGAGGUUGUUGCUGAUCAAAUCGAGAAGAAUGUGCACUUCAUUGUGGAGCGUCAUGGUGUACCGUCCCGGCUCACUAGUACUUCCAGGAGUGCAUAUGUUACCACCCACUGGGUUCGUUCUUGUCUGGAGGAUGGUUGUUUGUUGGAUGUUAGUAGUCACAUUCUCUACUCUCCACUUUCAUGCCAUAUUCCUUUACCUGGAUUUGAAAAAUAUCGGAUCUGUGUUUCGCGCUAUGACACAAAAGAAAGGCAACUGCUAAGAAAUUUGUGCUAUGUUCUUGGAGCGAAGUUCAUCGAAAAACUGACCAAGAAAGUCACUCAUCUACUUUGUAAGUUUGCCGAUGGUGAUAAAUACGAAGCUGCUUGUAGAUGGGGGAUACACGUAGUUACAGCCGAGUGGAUAUUUGAAUGUACCACACAGAACAAAAUUGUUGACUUGGAGAGAUUUCACCCUAAAGAGCUUAUCUCUCAAGAUCGGCAUGUGGAAUUGUGUUCUGUUAGUCAGUAUUCUACACAGUCCGUUCGCAUGACUUUAGAUACCUCCCAGCGUAUUAAUCCAUUACACGAUCUCAGGAAUAUACAAAAAGUUGCCUCAACAGAGUGUCAAGGGAGAGAUGAAGAAAAUUCCAGUGGUAGUAAGCGGGCAAGAGUUGUGGAAUAUGAUAGCAUAAAGUGUCCUCUAUCUUUUGACUCCACCACUGAUAAUUCUCUCGGUACGAAGAGUCCUACCGAAAGCAAUGUAACUGAGAUUGCAGAGAAAAUUUCUAUAGUUCCUGAUGUUGCUGCGGCUAUAGAAGAUUUGUUGGAGCAAACUAGCAAGAUCGAACAAGAUCGGAAGUCUCAGGAGGCAAGUGGCUCCCGUGAAAAUCAGUUCAUGUUUUCUAAUUCUACAAUUGGACAAAGGCAUGACAAUCAACAGUCUAUCUUAGGGCCAUCCAAGCUGUGGUUGAACAGGGUAGAAAAAAGGGAUGAUCUACCGUCUGCCGUGGCUUCAGCAACAAACCCUUAUGAUGGCUUUAGUGAGACGCAGACUGAUUCUCAGGUUGUUGGUUAUGAAGAAGAUUUAACAGGUCGGCAAAUGAUCAUUGAUAGAGUGCGUACGAUGGGAAGCAGGGGUUGA